AUGAGAGAGUGUAUUUCCAUCCACAUUGGACAGGCGGGGAUCCAGAUUGGAAACGCUUGCUGGGAGCUCUUUUGCCUCGAGCAUGGAAUCCAGCCGGAUGGGCAAAUGCCGAGCGACAAGACUGUUGGUGGCGGUGACGACGCUUUCAACACUUUUUUCAGCGAGACCGGAGCUGGGAAGCACGUCCCGCGGAGCGUUUUUCUAGAUCUGGAGCCGACCGUGGUGGACGAAGUUAGAACUGGGACUUACAGGCAACUCUUCCAUCCCGAGCAGCUUAUCAGCGGCAAGGAAGACGCGGCAAACAAUUUCGCGAGGGGUCAUUACACAAUUGGGAAGGAGAUUGUCGAUCUUUGCCUAGACCGGAUACGAAAGUUGGCCGAUAAUUGCACUGGGCUUCAAGGGUUUAUGGUUUUCAACGCAACUGGAGGUGGAACCGGAUCCGGGCUGGGUUCUCUUUUGCUGGAGCGGCUCUCGGUGGAUUACGGGAAGAAGUCCAAGCUUGCUUUCACGGUUUAUCCCUCGCCGCAAGUCUCCACGGCCGUGGUAGAGCCAUACAACAGCGUUUUGUCGACGCAUUCUCUGCUAGAACACACCGACGUCGCCGUGAUGCUUGACAACGAAGCCAUUUAUGACAUCUGUAGAAGAUCGCUGGACAUCGAGCGUCCGACUUACACAAACUUGAACAGGCUCGUCUCUCAAGUGAUAUCAUCCUUGACGGCCUCGCUUCGAUUUGAUGGCGCUCUCAACGUCGAUCUCACCGAGUUCCAGACGAAUCUGGUGCCGUAUCCUCGGAUCCACUUCAUGCUCUCAUCCUACGCUCCAGUCAUCUCCGCCGAGAAAGCUUACCACGAGCAGCUCUCAGUGUCCGAGAUCACAAACACAACUUUCGAGCCGGCUUCCAUGAUGGCCAAGUGUGAUCCACGGCACGGGAAGUACAUGGCCUGCUGCCUCAUGUACCGAGGGGACGUGGUUCCAAAGGACGUAAACUCGGCCGUGGGAACGAUCAAAACCAAGAGGACGAUCCAAUUCGUGGACUGGUGCCCCACGGGAUUCAAGUGUGGAAUCAACUAUCAGCCCCCGACAGUGGUUCCGGGAGGUGAUCUGGCCAAGGUCCAGCGCGCGGUGUGCAUGAUCUCAAACUCAACGAGCGUGGCGGAGGUGUUCUCGCGGCUGGAUCACAAAUUCGACCUCAUGUACGCAAAGAGAGCGUUCGUCCACUGGUACGUCGGAGAGGGGAUGGAGGAAGGAGAAUUCUCGGAAGCUCGAGAGGAUCUGGCCGCGCUAGAGAAGGAUUACGAGGAAGUUGGGGCCGAUUCCACCGAGGGAGAGGGCGAAGACGAGGGCGAAGAGUAUUAG